GACGACGUGUUCUUCGACGGCUGUUCAGACCCCCAGUGGUUGUCGCCCGAGAGAGCUGAUGCGUCCUUGGUGAUGCUGGCUAGAAACGAAGAGCUUGACGGUGUUAUCAAGAGCAUGAUGUCCUUGGAGAGACAUUUCAACCAAUGGUUCCACUAUCCAUGGGUGUUGAUAAACGAUGAGGAAUUUACCGAGGAGUUCAAGUCAACUGUGAGGAACUACACCGCAUCAACAGUGGAGUUUGGCACCAUACCCGAAGAGUUAUGGGAAUUCCCUGAGGACGUGAAGGAAACACCUCUCUUCAAGCAGGCUGUUGAAUUGCAGGGUGACAAGGGGAUAAUGUAUGGCAACAAGGUCUCAUAUCACAAGAUGUGUCGAUUCUUCUCAGGUGGGUUCUACAGGCACCCUUUGGUGAGGAAACAUCAAUGGUACUGGAGAGUAGAGCCGGAUGUCGAGUUCUUUUGUGAUAUACCUUACGAUCCAUUCAUGGAGAUGCAGAGACGUGGAAAGAAGUAUGGGUUUGUCAUUAUGAUCGAAGAGUUUAGCGAUACUAUCCCUAAUCUGUUCAGGGCAACUAGAGCAUGGCUUAGAGAGACUGGAUUCGAGCCUAGAUCCUCCUGGAAGUUGUUUGUGAAGAACAUGAUGAGCAAAGUGAAGAUCCCUGAUCUUAAGAGACAGGAAAGAUGGUAUGCAAAUAUCGAUAAUUUCUGGAACAUUGCAAGCCGUGUAAGAGAAGUGCUCCUUGUUGAGGAUCUGCUACGCAACGUGAAGAAAGAGUUCUCAUCAAAGGGGAAGUCUGGUACGUUGAUGACAGAUGACGAUAUCCCAGAGGAUCACAUCAGAGAACUUGUGGCAUUUGCAAAGGAUAGGGGCAGACUACCCGGCUUAUCAGGGGAAAGAAUUGACGGUCAGGAGUACAACUUGAACCAUUUCUGGUCCAAUUUUGAGAUUGCUCGUGUCGAUCUUUGGGAUAAUCCCAUAUACGAGUCCUAUUUCCAAUUCUUGGAAAAGCAAGGUGGCUUUUACUCAGAGCGUUGGGGUGAUGCACCUGUCCAUUCAUUAGCUGUUGGAUUUAUGUUGGAUAUCAGCGAAAUUCACUACUUCAGAGAUUUGGGCUACCAACACAGCGUAAUAAGACACUGUCCUGCAAACCAUCCAAAUCAAACUCCAUAUGAGGCUUCAGAGGAAUAUCUACAAAUGCCAGGAUACAGCCCUAAAUACGACAAUUUUUGGAAGCAUUUGAGUCCCGUUAAGGACUAUGGCCAAGGCUGUCGCUGUCGUUGUCCAAAGUCCACUUAUGACGUUGAAGAUAAC